UUGUUCCCUGAUUGGUUACAAUUAAUAACCGGACCAAACAGUUUAGCAGCCACGCAUUACGUUUUUAGUUAUGUUUAGUAGCUAGCUAGCUUAGUUCUAAACAACUCACUGAAAUAGCACACUUCGUUUGUAAGAGGCACGACUGAUAUUUUUUCCGAUAAGAAGAACAUUUAUAUUUAGGCUAGAAACUUGAGUCUGACUUAGCAGAGCCGUAUAAAUGAGUCUAGCUAGCUUACGUUAGCUAGCUGUCAAAAUGAUCAUUGAGUGAAGAUUAUUGAAGAUUAUUAAUGGACAGAUCAUACCUCAUCAAUUUGUGGAUAAAAUAUACAUAUGUUAUAUUCUGAUAUUCAGGAAGGAAGCUAUGUAGUACAGCAUAUAGAAACAAAAUAUGCCAGUAGCUAGCUAACGUAGUGAAUGACUUAACGUACAUAUUCACUAUAUCAUAUUCAUGUAUAGCUAUGCAGUCUUUAAAUGUCACAUGCUAACAACAGGUGUAUUUCACAGGUCUUCUACCAUAGAGAAAUCCUGAUUGCCAAGCCAUGAUUCAGGUAGAGGCAGGAGUCUACAUCGGGGCAGCAUCUGACCUGAGAGAUGCCCAGGACCUGACCAAUGCUGGCAUCACCCACAUACUCACAGUGGAUUCAGAGCAGCCAGCUUCACCUGAUGGGCCAUUUAGGAUGAAGUAUGUCUAUUCCCUGGACGAGUCCUCCACAGACCUACUCAGCCACCUUGAUGACUGCAUACGCUUCAUAAGUGAUGCUUGCGAGGCAUCAAAAUCUGUCCUUGUGCAUUGCCACGUAGGGCAAAGUCGGAGUGCGACGGUGGUGACUGCUUACUUGAUGAAAUGUCAUAAAAUGAACUUCGGCGAUGCCUAUGCCAAACUCCAGCAACUUAAACCUGAUGUAAAGAUGAAUGAGGGGUUUGUGGACCAGUUAGCACUAUAUGAGUCAUUGGGUUGUGAAGUAGAUGUCACCAGCCCCCAGUACAAGCAGUACAGACUCCAGAAACUCACAGAGAAAUACCCAGAGCUUCAGAAUGUCCCAAAGGAGUUGUUUGCAGUGGACCCUUACCUAAGCACCUGUUCUGAGGUGGUAUACAGGUGUAAAAAAUGUCGACGGACACUGUUCCGCGCUUCCAGUAUCCUCAGUCACACUAUUGGCAAUGGACCGACUGCUUUUGCCUAUAAGAAGAUGAGUAACCUACCGAGUGGGGACCAGACCCAAUGUACCUCCUACUUCACUGAGCCUGUCCAGUGGAUGGAACAGGCCUUGUUAGGGGUGAUGGAUGGACAGAUCUUGUGCCCAAAGUGUAGCUCCAAGUUGGGCUCAUUCAGCUGGUGUGGGGAGCAGUGUUCCUGUGGUCGAUGGGUGACUCCAGCCUUCCAGAUGCAUAAAAACAGAGUGGAUGAAAUCAAACACAUCAGUAUAGCCACACUCAAAUCAUGAAAAUGUAAAAAUGAUUCAUAUCUGUAAUAAAUUUCUCAGAAUAGCUGUC